AUUUGUCUUGCCAAACAGUCUGCCUAAAGCCUGCUCCUUUUAUUUCACUUUGUUUACCAUACAUGAAAUAGUUGAGGCUGGCUUUAGUCGGACUGUCUUGUUUAAAAUUAUGUACCUGUACAAUUGUAUCAUAUAUUCUAAAACAAUUUUGCUCAAAUUUAAACUUAUACUGGUAUGCAUCAGGUACCAUUAGAUUCAGGCUAAUGUUUUCAUGUUCAUCUUUUAAAAUUUUUUUUGCACAAUCAUUCAGGUGUUUACGUUUUCAUCAGACCCUGACCAAUUUUGAACAAACAUACAUGGUACAAGAGGGAAAUUAAUUUAAGUGUUCUAUUCAAGGUAACAAAGAAUUUUAAAUCUAAGUAUAGCAAUGUUACCAGGAAGUAAAUUAUGCAAAUUUCCCAGAGUCGCUUCCAAAUUUCUGAGGUGUGACACCUGCUGAUUUGACUCCAAGAUGGCUUUAUCCAAAUCGCAAAUAUCACUCACAGUUGAGCACCAUUUGAACUGUGGCACUGAAGACUGUGAGAAGAACUGUCAGUUUUACUGCAAUGAUUGUCACCAACCAAUGUGUGAACAAUGCAGAGAUGAACAUCAGAGGAGUCCAAUUACCAAGAACCAUGAAGUGGCAAUUAACCAAAAACUUCCAGUACAGAAAUGCAAGAUCCACCCCUCAACGGACAUAGAUCUUUUCUGUGAGGAAUGUCAGAUCCCCCUUUGCACUAAAUGCGCAGCCACACAAGGUCAUUGCAACCAUCUGCUUAUUGAUUUGGAACAAAUCUACACUGAAAAGAUUUUGCUUUGUCAAAAGAAAAUAGCAAAGAUUCAAAACUAUCUGCAGCCAUCUUCACAAGGUUUGCAAAGAGAAAUUGCUGAAGAUAUCACAGAAAUCAAACAGAGAAUGAACAGCAUUAGGACAUCUAUAGAGGCGGAAGCCAAGUCUAUCAAAGAACUGGUGGAUGCAAUCACGUUGGAUAAAAUAGAACAAGUCAACAAAAUAGAAGAGUCUUUAUUACAAAUAUUGGACAGUCAAAAAGAAACAAUGGAUGACUACACUCACUACCUCAAUGGUGUAAUCAAAACACUCUAUGGCUACAUCAAGUCUUCUUCUUCAAGCUUAGAAAAACUAAUCUCUUUGGACACCUCAAAUAACCUUACAAUCCAGCCAAUACCUGAGACCACCAAACCAGUCCCUCCAGUAUUUACUGCUGGUCAAUACAGCAAGGAGGAUGUCACCAAACUACUGGGUAGGGUAACUGUUCCUGACACAAAACCAGUGAACAGAGAAAUAAAACCCAUGGAGAUUGCCUCUACACAACUGAAAUCUAAUCAGUGGAAAGAAAAUGAAGAGAAAUCUGACAUGUCUUCUGCUGUCACCAAGGUCAUGGAUUAUACAGUGCCAGAAGUUGAUAGUGUACAUAAUGUUUCAUUACUAGGUAAAUCAGGUACAGUCUGGGUCAGUGAUUAUCAUGGCAACCUUGUCCAAACAGAUCUACUGGGGAAUCAGCUACAGAAGAUACAAACCAGUGGUGGAUAUGGCUACCACACAGUCACACAGGACGGGGAUCUGAUCUUUACAGACAGAAAGAACAAAGUCAUCAAUAAGAUAACACUGGAUAACAAAGGAACUAAAUUCAUUAAAACAGGGGACUGGGAACCAAUCAGCAUACACUCCUCCCACAUUAACGGGGACAUACUGGUGGGGAUGAUAAAGAAUAGAGAGGCUAAAGUCACAAGGUACAGCAAGACAGGGAAAGAAUUAGAGAGGGACUUCAAAGGACAGGGACUGUAUGGUGAUCCACACUACAUCACAGAAAACAUCAACGGUGAUAUCUGUACAUCAGACUUGGACAAACGAGCUGUAGUGCUGGUGAAUAAAUCUGGACAACAUAGGUUCUCCUACACAGGUCAGGGGUCAGAGUUCUGCCCCUACGGUAUCUGCACUGAUAUCCUUGGUCACAUCCUGGUGUGCGAUAUAAGGAGUGAUAUAGUUUAUCUUCUGGAUCAAGAUGGUCAGUUCUUGUCUCUACUACUCACAGCACAGCAAGGGGUAAAAUGUCCCCGUGGUCUGUGUGUGGAUGACAAGAACAAUCUCCAUGUGGGACAAUGGAACACAAACACAGUGACAGUGUACAAGUAUCUACAGUGAUCAUUACAUAUUUUAGACUUGGACUGUUAUUAAUUUUAUUUAAAACUUCUAAAACAACUAAUACUAAUUUGCUUCCAAAUUAAUCUUAACCUUUCAGAGGAAUUUGUUUUUAAGUGUUCAGUGUUACCAACGUAAUAUCGUAUACUGUAGAUUGAAUUUCCAAAUUAAAUGCAAGAAUUCAAUAUCCACGUAAAAUCACAAAAAGAAACUUUUGUGGAUUUUAAAAUCUUAGUUUUCAUUUUUCAGAAAGUUUUGAAUGAUAGGAAAUUAUAACAAAAAUUUUUAUAUUCCUGCGAUUUUAUACAAAAAAGCAGAAGCUUGAAAUUGAUCUAAACAAGUGCUGAAAAUCCAAGUGGGACACACAAAAAGACAGCUGGACAGAAGACAGAAUAAAUAUGUCAACAUAAGACUUACUCCAUAGCACUCAGGUCCAUGUCUACCUCCUCCCCAGUCAUCAGCGGAAUCUUCUUCUUCUUGUUCCUAAUACAUAGAAAAAAAAUAACUGUUGUAAGACAAACUCAAACUUAGAUACAUGUGUGAGAAACAAUUAUAUAAAAGAACAAAAUGUUUUUUUUAAAAAUCAAACUUAGAUACAGAAGUGACCUGUAAAAGGUAUUUCUUUUUGUCCAUGAAACCACAAAAUUUCAAACUACAUGUAACAUUUUGCAUCUCUUCAAGCAAAAUGAUCAACAGCUAUUUUUUUCAUUGUUAACAUGUAUUUUUUUUUCAAUCAGCCCCUAAAGUACAUGUACCAAUACUGACUUCUGCUGGCAAUUGAAUUGUUUUUUAAUCCUAUUGGUAUGUGAAACUAACUGACUGUUCAUAAUGCACAAUGCACCUCAAUAAUAGCAUCAUUCACAUUUUCAACUUGUAUUAAUCAUUUUGCAGAUUGGGACUGUUGUUUUCAUUAAAUUUUCAGAUUUUGUCAAGAAACUAGCAUGUUAAAAUAUUCUAAUAAAAUAUAUAAUACA